UUUGUACGGCUUGUAUAUUUCAAUAUGCAACUGUCCACAAAUCAAGUUGUUCAUUUUAUGAAUCUCCAUUUAAAUGAGAAAUAUUUGAUUAUCAUAUUGUCAUAUUGCUAGACAUAUACAGGUUUUAAACAUGAGUACUAGACGCAGGGUUAGGCAAUCUGUAGGCCCUAUGACUGAUAGCACCAGCCAGCCUCAGCUGCCCCAAACUAAUGUUGGUCCUGCUCAACCUCAGCUGCCUCAGGCUACUAGUGCAGAUUCAACGUCCAAGAAAACAAAGACUCGAGGCCCCACAAGAUCCUUUGAUGUUUGGAAAAUGCGUGAAGGUCAACGGAUUUCUAUUUCCAUCAACGAUCUAGGGCAGCCCGAUUGUGACAAUGCUAGUAAGCUGACAAAUUUCAUAGGGACAAUAGCACGCAAUGGGGUAUAUGCUCCCCUUACAUUUAAUGAUUGGAGGGCGGUGCCAAAUGCGAAGAAAGAUGAUAUGUGGGGGCUUGUCACGUCCAAGUUUGAGUUUGACGGUAAUGCUAAGGCUUGGGUGCUGAAGUCACUUGGUAAAAAAUGGAGGGAAUGGAAGGGCAAGCUGAAGAAACUCUACUACUCUUCUCAUGAGACUGAUGAGGAGCGGCUCGCAAAUCUUGAUGGGCGGGUCCAAGAAGAUCAAUGGAAGACUCUUGUUCAAUUUUGGAACUCUGAAGAGGGGAAGGCUCGUUCUAAAAAAAAUAAAGAGAAUCGGAAGAAACAACUGAUUAACCAUGCGGCAGGCUCGAAGAGUUUUGCGCGAAUAUGUGAGGAAGAGAGGAAAAGGGCCAAUGGGUCGGAUCUGAGCCGGGCAGAUAUGUUUAUCUUGACUCAUACAUGCAAAGAUGGAAAGCCUGUGGAUGAGGCCUCAUCAGUAGUAAUGACAAAACUCAAUGAAGAAAUAUCUCAGCAACCCGGGGCCUCACAGAGUAGCACGGCAAGGGAUGAUCUAUUAUCUCAAGUUAUGGGAGAAGACAAGUAUGGUCGUGUCCGCACUUAUGGGUUAGGACCAUCUCCAUCUGAUUUGUGGGGUGCAACAUCCAGCCAACAAAGGAUGACUUCCAUUGAUCAGAGGAGAGAUGAAAGAUAUGAGGAACUACAUGCUGAUAUAGUCUCUCUUAAAGAAAAUAUAGCUGCACUCUCAUCCUUAAGAGAAGCUGAAAUGUCAUCCCUUAAAGAAACUAUGGUUGAAAUCUCAUCCGCAAGAGAUGCUGAAAUUUCUUCCUUGAAAGAAACUCUGAUGAAAUUGAUAGCCACUAUGAAUAAUGCAAACAAUAACCCACCCACAGUAUUCGGUGCUGCAGCUAGUUCUAACAUGAACCAACAGUCCUCAUCAUCAAGCCAUUGGGUGAACUCUCAGAAGCACUCGACGAAUAAGGGGAAGACCACGAGUUGCACUAGCGCUGGGGAUGUGACUAGAGUUCUUCUUACAAGUAUUGUCAAACCCGGGGUUACUAUUGCUAAAGGAAUUGUUUUGAGCAAGGAUCCGCUCACAAAAGUAGGGGGGCACGAACUUGGAAUUGGUUUUUGGGAAGUAUUAAUUCAUGUUGCAAUAGUACGGGAGGAGGUUUUGAUAAGACCCUAUGGACGAUAUAAAACAAUUGGGGAUGCUAUUGGAACGAGUAUUGUUUGGCCCUCUAUUAUGUGUAAGGUUUAAGGAGAGAUGGAUUGAGCUAAAUGAAAGGAUCUCUCUCUCUCUCUCUCUCUCUCUCUCUCUCUCUCUCUCUCUCUCUCUCUCUCUCUUGUAAAUGUUUUAUGUUUUGUGCAUGGGUUUAGGACUGAUGUGUGAUUGGUUUUGGAUAGAAAGUGUUUAACUCUCAUUUUGGAAUUUGGAUUGACUUAAGAUCCAAUGCAUAUGACAGGUUGGGUAACUA